AUGAGUGUUCUGGAAGCUGAGAAGGUGCUGAAUCGGGUGCUUCUGAUUACAAAGUCCCCAGAGUCCUCGGAGGCGACUUUGAGAGAUGUGCUGGGCGAUUUGGGGCGAAUCAUACAGUCAUCGCUACAUGUUGAAUCGCUGAGAAGGGAACUGUCCCAGAGCGAGCUGAUUUGGAGGCUGGUACGUGCGAACCUGGAACAGACGCUGGCUGAGGAUGAGCUGGUGAGCCUGCGUGUUCGUCUUCUGAGAGGCGUGGUGAUCUUGGGCCGUAACCUGUUGUCCAUGGAUAGGGAAGUGGCUGAACGCUUGGAGAUAAGACAGGUUGUGUUCUUCUUCUUGGACCAAUUGGAGGGCUUGAAGACGCUGGAUGCCGACGUGUUUGAGAACAGUGUUGUCAGUGCCUUCCAGCUGCUCUCAAACCUCACCGUGAACAAGAAAACACACGAUCGCUCGCUGCUUUAUGAGCUGGUUGAGCUGUUCAACAGGAAAGCACAGUGGUCUGAAAACGUUACGUUUACGGUUCUUUCCUAUGUGAACAAUGUGAUCAACGACUCCGACCUCUUGUUCGAAGCAUUGUCUAAGGGCAAAGGCUAUAUUAUCAUGAUUGAUCUGCUGAAUCAAUACGAAGCCCUGGAUACGACAAGAGACCUUGAUCGCAACGGGCUGUUGCUGGUGAAGAUAUUUUCUAAGCUGAUUGUACAUGAAUCCUUCUUCAAGUUCACAAUGAGCUAUAACAAGGAUGAAGACUCGGUGAGGUUCCUGAAGGUUGCUGAAGCUUUGAUCACCAGUAAGAAGUCCUGGGAAGUGUUUGAACUGACCGUUAUCUUAUCAUGGCUAUGGGAGCUAUACCAGAAGAUGCUGGUAAAGGUACAAGACUUCUUCAACAAAGCUGAGGGCGAUGCUAAGAUUAUCUAUGAGGAAUUGGUGAUGUCGCUGGACUGUCUAAGCUCUCUUGUUCAUUUCGAACACACCAGGAAGUUUCUUCUAUCGUACCAAGGUGUUGAGAUGCUCAUCUCCCUUUUGGGGAUCCUCCAUAAGAACAUCAAGCCAAAGAAGCUCAAAGACUCCGAUAGAACAAAGGGAGCUGAUCAAACCAUCGAAUACAGUAGCUUCCCACAUACCAAAUCGAUGAUAAUUGAGACGUUAUCGGCGUUGACGUAUCAGAACUUUGAGGUCCAAGAGCAAAUGCGUGAAUUACACGGCCUGGAGCUUGUUCUCUCCAAUUGCAUCAUUGACGAUAACGAGCCCUUCAUCAAGGAGAGAAGCAUCGUAUGCUUGAGGUUCCUGUUGUUGAAUAACGACAAGAACCAGGAAUUUGUUUCUAAAUUGGAAGCUCAAGAAGCUGUACCGGAUGAAACUCUGGAUGAAGCCGGUUUUGAAGUAGAAAUCGUUGAUGGUAAGGUGAGACUCAAACAAAAGCCAAAGAUCGAAGAACUACACUCGGAGUCAUGAUGGAUGAUAUUUAGUAUACUUAUGUUACGAGCUUUCCUCU